ACAAACAAACAAACAACAACACCCCAAACUUUUCAUCAACUUUUGGCGAUGGGCUGUUUUGGAUAUUUGCUGUUUCUUUGUGGGUUGAGUCGAGCUAUGUCAAGUUACCCAAUCUGGUGGUCCUUGGCCAUCGGUCACCAGUAUUCCUCCCUGGGGACUCAGCCCAUCCUCUGUGGCAGCAUCCCAGGGCUGGUCCCGAAGCAGCUGCGUUUCUGUCGGAACUACGUGGAGAUCAUGCCCAGCGUGGCAGAAGGGGUCAAGAUCGGGAUCCAGGAGUGCCAGCACCAGUUCCGUGGGAGGAGGUGGAAUUGCACCACCGUCAAUGACAGCUUGGCCAUAUUUGGGCCUGUGCUAGAUAAAGCUACCAGGGAGUCGGCCUUCGUCCACGCCAUUGCCUCCGCGGGUGUUGCUUUUGCGGUGACCAGAUCCUGCGCCGAGGGCUCAGCCACCAUCUGCGGCUGUGAUACUCGCCACAAGGGACCCCCCGGGGAAGGCUGGAAAUGGGGAGGCUGCAGUGAAGACGUGGAGUUUGGGACCAUGGUUUCUCGAGAGUUUGCGGAUGCCCGGGAGAACAGGCCAGAUGCUCGGUCAGCCAUGAACAGGCACAACAACGAAGCUGGGAGAACAUCCAUUAUUGAUCACAUGCAUCUGAAGUGCAAAUGUCAUGGUCUGUCAGGCAGCUGUGAGGUGAAGACGUGCUGGUGGUCCCAGCCGGAUUUCCGGGUCAUUGGUGACUAUCUCAAGGACAAGUACGACAGUGCUUCUGAAAUGGUGGUGGAGAAGCAUCGGGAGUCCCGUGGCUGGGUCGAGACGCUCAGGCCCAAGUACAGCUUCUUCAAGGCCCCAACUGAGAGAGAUCUGGUUUACUACGAGAACUCACCAAACUUUUGUGAGCCGAACCCCGAGACGGGCUCCUUUGGGACCCGCGACCGGAUCUGCAACGUCACCUCCCACGGGAUAGACGGAUGCGACCUUCUGUGCUGCGGCCGCGGGCACAACACAAGGACUGAGAAACGGAAAGAGAAGUGCCACUGUAUCUUCCACUGGUGCUGCUACGUCAGCUGCCAGGAAUGCAUACGAGUCUACGACGUUCACACGUGCAAGUAAAGCAGGAGUUCCCUGGACAGGCUCCAUGCGGAGAAAUGGAUUUGAGCCUGCUUCUUCCGAGGUUGUGUAGAUGGGAAAGAUCUACUUUUUUUAUAGUAAAAGAAAAAAUAAAAAAGGCUAAAACUGGCUGGAUAGAAUAGAUCUAAUGACUUCUAGGUCGUCCCAAGAUGCAUCUGGAGGCUAACAUUACAAAUAUGGAAGUCCAUACAAAAAGAUUAUGCACCGGUUAGGAGACUGUGAUUUUUUUAACUACCCAACAGAACAGAACUGCAGAGAAGAUUGUUAGCAGGGGGCAUGGCUCUUCGCUCUUCUCUCAACUAACCUAAAGAGACUCCUGCUAUUAAGUGUCCUUUGAAAGACUUGCAACUUCCUAAACAUCUGCUGUUCCCAACCCAAUAGGAAGAGGUGAUGUUGGACAACAGCUCUGAACGUACUGAGAUCCUUUCCAAGCUCCAGCAACCAGAGUCUGUGUGCAACAUGAAUGGCAAAAAAUUAAAAUAAAAUAAAAUAUUCAAUUCAUUAAAAAAAAACCCUUCUUCCACUUCUUCUGGGAACAGGGGAAUUCUGCAAACAUUCCUUAGUGCUAUAGAAUGGACGAGCUCUUAGCAUGAACUUUUUAACCUAGUGGUUUCUGCCAGAUUUGACAUAGGACACAGUGACACAUUUAGUACUUCUGCAGAGAAAGAGACUGCUGAUGGAUUACUACCAAGGGCCCACUGACACCAAUGCAACAGGCGUGGUAGAUGCUGUGAUCUGUAUACACAUGUGUGCAUGUCGUACGUAAAAACUCAGUGCACAGAUGGGGACCCAGCAAACGCAUGGCCACAGAGACCAAGAUGGCUCUUUUUCCUCAGCAGACACACCAGCAGACAUUGACCCAACUGUGGCUGUGGAGGCAGGGGUGUGACUCAGCCGAUUAGAAGGAGGCUGCCCGUUGAGACGUGCAAUGGGGUAGGGCACAAACUGCCUGUGAUUAAGGUGGUGAGGACAUCGUUUGCACCACAGGCCAGCAAGGAAAGGAGAGCAGGAAAGGUGUUUCCCCACCUCUGCUUAAGAAAAAAGUAACUUUUGAAAGUGCACUUAGUUCAUUUCAUCGGCUCCAUACAGCUCAUGCAGGCUAAUCGGGGGGCUCAGCAGAACCCUCAGAACAGAAAUCUGUAGGGAACAGCGGUUCUGCAGGACUGCAUGUUAUGUGUUGAUAGACAAACCCUGAACUGAAACAGCCUUGGACUCUGGGCAAGUUUGGAGCCAGAUCCAACCUCCGCAACUAGUGUCUCUAUAACAGGCCAAAUCAAAAACCGUGUGUCCGAACCUUCCUCGACUUUGGGAAAGUUUGGAUCCAGCUCCAAAUCCCAACUCUGCAGCACAGCCCUAUCUCUGCUGUUCAGCUGUUUCGCCUCUUUGACUCCAUUCCUUUGCCUGUGUUGUGUUGCAAGCUGUCGUACCUCUGAUACCUAGAUCAGGAUUGCCAAUUUACAGUAGCAAAUGUAACUUGCUGAAUGGUAAUCCAGGCUCCACCUGGGGUUGUGGGUUCUCAGGCCAGACUCUUCACUCCCUCACACUGGCUUUGACAGCAGUAUAACCCGAUUGGUUUUGGUUGCAUUAUUCCUGUUUUACACUGGUGUAAGUGAGAGGUGAAUGAAGCACAGAGUCACAUCACGCGUAGCCUUUGCCUCCUUUGUGUCUCCCCCUCUUUUCCCCACCUGCUGGGGGUCCUAUCUAGAGAAAUGAGAAAGGGACUGAUUUAUUUUUCCUUUUGCCAUCAAGAAUUGCAGAAAUGGAAAUGAGGCUAGAGCAAUGGGAGCCUUUCCACCGACUGCCAGGGGAGCUGGAUCACAACUCUGGGCUAGGCUGUGACUACACACCUGAGUGGAAAGAUACAAGCACCUCCUCGAUCCCCACAUGCUGACUUGCUCUCUGCAACCUGAGCAGGCGAGCUGGGAGAAUGCAGCCGAGACAAGGAAUGAACGGAGUCUAAUUCCCACGGAGAAAAACGGGGAGGGAGUUGUGCCCCAGAGGCAUGUCUCUGAGUCCCAGUGCCUCCCGGACUACUUCUAAAUUGAGCUGUGCCCAGAGGCACAAGCUAGCCCUCUGAAUUGACGGGGUCACUUUUGUCUACUCUGUGUGUAAAGGCUGAGUGAUGCCAGAGUGACUUCAUCUGUAGGUUUAGAAAAGAGAAAGAAUGUAUAAAUAGAGAAUUAGGCAUGGUUUUGCAUCCCUGCCCAUCUUGGCUAAUAGCCAUUGCAGAAAGAAAUGGCCCAGGAUAGAGAUAUUUGUGCACUAGCUUUAAAAGGAAGGGAAACAGCUGGACAUUUUAGAAAAUCUUAUCUGAAGUGGAAGGAAUCCUUAAAGCAAACUGGAAAAGAUUUGGUAAGGAAAAAUAAAUAAAUAAAUAAAUGCAGUUCAUGAUAAACACAUGGGCAGACGCGAGGCCGGUCGCUUAACACACUUCUAGAAAGAGCUCGCAUGCCUUGAGGAUGAGGGCUGCACCAUAGCCUGAAUAGCACAGAGCACGUGUGUGGGUUUAGCAAUCACUGGGGGGCCAACUUCACUGCUGGUGCAAUUCCAUGGACUUUCAAUGGGAUUAGACCAGCAGAGAAUUUAGGCCUUAUACACUGGAGUAAGGUAGUUUAAAAUCUGUCCCUGUUUAACGCCCAUGCAAAGACAUGAGUUAGGGGUUCUGAGUGUCCCUGGGGAGAACCAGUCAGCCUGACUCUAGUCUCACAUCACUUCUGCAGCGUUCUAGCUCCACCAAGAGUUACUUCUGAUUUACCCCACUAUGAGUGUGAUCAGAAUCAAGCCCACUAUCACUAGCUCUCAGCUCUGCUUGGGAAGUGUGAGGAAAAGUCUAGGCACUUGCUAAGCAAUGGCCUGUUCCGGGAAACACAAAAUCUUGAGCCUAAAUUAUGGCAGAUGGGUAAAAUGAGGAAUGGAUCUGUUGUGGAGAUGGGCCUCAAGGUACCAUGUUUAGACUGGGGUGCAGAUUUCAAACAGUUUGACAUUUGGGGUGCCCCCCGCAAAACCAAGGAUUUUGAACAAGGCCCAUAUCCAAUUUCUCAACAUCUUUCUUGCUCUAAUGUAAAUAUUCAUCAUCAUAUAGCCUAAGGAGGUGAUCCAGCCCCCAUUUAAACCAGUGAAAAGACAACUGCAUGCAUUCUGUUAAUGGCCCCAAAUGUAUUUGUGAGUUCUAGUCCCAGGUCGGACUCUGCACAGGCGAGAGAGAUGGUUUAGCGAGAGGUCUGGGUGCCACAGGUCUGCUAGCCCCGAGAUUGGCUCCAUCUAUAACCUUGGAGAAGUCAUUGGGACCUCAUGUUGCAAAACUGGCCACUGAUUUUGGGCACUCAAUUUGAGGUGUCUUAUGGAGUCUCACUUUGAAUUUGUACCCAAGACCCAAGGCCACGUCUGGAAAAUUAGGGCCACAGCCUGUCUGCUUCAAGUUGUCAUAUUGUGUAACAGGAGUGAAACCACCUGCUUCCCUGAGGUGUCGUAUUCAUUACUUACUGUCUGGGAAGCACUUUGCAAAUGUCAAAUGCUAAGAGUCACCAUAAUCUUAAACAGGUUUCACAAAAUCUUUCCCUUCCACCUUUAUUUAUUCUGUACACACAGCACACUUAGGUCAAAAACCACAGCACCAUUCAUCUCCUAACGCUGACAAAUGUGAACUGUCCCACCCACCCUGAAUAAAACGCAGUGUUUUUCCCUUGUCUUCUUGCGUGUGACCAAAUGUAUCUUGGGAGCAGACGGCACAUACCGUGAGGGGGAAAGAUACUUCAAGCCAAGAAACACAGCUGUAUAAAGAAAAAUAAGUAAAAAAGAAAAAAACAUAAUCCUCUUCUUAAAUGCUGCUAUUCCACAUCAACUGUAGCUAUAAAACCAGGCCUGAUGGGUCAUAAUGAUCCCUGAUACAACUCCAUUGCAGCCAGUGGAGGGACCCCAGGGAAGAAUUUGGCCUUAUUUUUUUUUCUUUCUAUGAAAGAAAUUGGUUUUUGUUU